AUGUUUUUACAUCAGAAACAAAAACAGGACAUUAUAAUGUUCAAAAUAAUGGAGGAAAUUCUUCGUCUGGAGUCAGCGCACAAAGAAAUGUAUCAAAAGGCAGAAAUAAAGAAAUCGGAGCUCCACGAGAUUCGUCUUGAAAUCGCCGAAGGUGUUGCGGACACUGAGGUCGUCCAAACCCAGAACAAGCGUAUGCUUCAGUUUUGGAAUCGGAUGCUCAUUGAAAUUCAACUCAAGAACAAGACUGUCGCUCAAGUCCAAGCAGCAUUAAGGGCUGCAGAAGGGCAAUUUUCUGGUUUACAUGCACAAAUUGAUAGUUAUGCUAAAGACAGUAUCAAAGAAUUGAAGCUGAGUCAAGAAUUAACACAGAAACAUAAUAAAAUUAGUGAAGUGUUCAGUAAAUUGCAACGCGAAACUAUUGAACUGAUUGAGUCUUGCCAGAAACGCGAUUCAGAAUUCAAGAACAUCUCUGGCAGAAAUCAAGCAGUGAGACGCAACCUAGAACAAGUCUUCAGUGGCAAAAAAAGCAAGAAAGGGCUAUUGUUGACCUGCCAUCAGAAGAUUCAACGGCUGAAAGAUGUAAAAUUUCAACUACAGGAAGAAAUUUUAAGACUUUUACAAAAUAAAGCUGUUCGUAAUACAAGUAUUGUCAAUUUGCAGAAGGAAAUACUUGGCAUCUCUCAAAAAAUUAGGAAACAGGAAUCCUACAGUGCAAAACUAGAGAAUGACCUCAGGAAAAUUACGCUUGAGAUGGAAAUUGAGAAAGGCUCUCUCACCCUCACCAGGAAGGCACUAGAAGAGAUGCGCAAAGACUGUGAAAGCAAAGAGUCUGAAUUUCAUCAACUGGAAACGAAGUUGAAAAAAACUAAAGAUGGAAUAAAGAUUUCCAGUUUGAGAUGUGAAGAGCAGUCAAAAACGUUGGAGAUCCUGAGAGAAUAUAAUAAGAAAACAUCUGGCUGUCUGGAGGAAGAAAAAUUGAAGUGUCUGAAAAGUGCAAUCACAGAGAUGCAGAAGAAAACCGAUUGCCUUAAACAAUCAUGGUUAAGGAAACAGAACGAAAUAGUCCAUUUUGCACAAGAACGGACCAGGCAGGUUCAUCAGUACAACAUGCUCAAGAAACAGGUUUUAAUUUUGGAGCAGAAGAAUUGGAAAUUAAAUUACCACCUUGAGAUGAACCAAAAUCAUAAACGAAAAAUCGAGCGAACCAUCAAGCGUCUUUUGCUGAGGAUUGAAAAUUUGAAUGCAGAAUCCCACAAAUAUAAUACUCAAAUCCAAACAUUUGAUGCAGCAAACCACAUUACGCACAAAGAGUACUCUGGAGAACUAAAGGAUGCGGAGGAAGAAAUGCUGGGUUUAACAAAGGAUAUUGAUGAUUUGGAAACCAAAAAAGAAGAAAUGAGUGAGGAUGUGUUAAUUCUGGAGCAAGAGUUCCUGACCUGGGAGAAAAAGUGUAAAAUGAUGACAGAAGCCCGGCAAAAGAUACUCGAAGAGCAAGCAGCCGAAGGAGAAAUAGGCACCAUGAAAGCAGAAAUACAUCGAAUGAAGGAAACAAAAAGCCUAGAAAAAGAUUGUUUGGCGACUGAAACAAAAAGAGAAGAGUUACAAAAAGAAUGGAAAGCAAAGCAAGAUCAGUUAACGGCUUUGAAACUAACAACAUCUCAAAUGGAAGACCAGCUCCAAGAAGGCCAAUUUCAUAAGCAAAAGAAUCUUGAGCUGCUCGUUAGGAAGCAAUACAAAGGACGACUUUACGCUGCCAUCAAAGCAAACAAAUACCAGCUACUGUUUGCCCAUGAAGCAUCACUUCAGAUUGAACUGCAACGACAAAUCACCAUGAAUCUGGAUCUCGUUUCUGUUGUUGAGUGUUUGCUUGUUGAUUUCCCUCCACUCACCAAUCCCAUAAACAGAAUACUGAACGUCCUACGGAUGACUUGUUUGUAG